GCCCGUACGUCGUGACGUAUGACGUAGCCAUAGCCGACAGCUGCUCGGGAUUCGGGUCGCUGACUGGAUGACGUUUGAGAUUUUGUCGAAAAAAUCAUAAUGACUUUAAUUCAAAUGGCUAUCUUUUGGAAAAAGAGUUCGUCGAUGUCAUUAAUUCAUCAGGAAUAGGAGCAGAUAUUGUCAUUUUACACACCGUUUAUCUCAUCACAGUGAGUCAUACAGCUUCAGAUCUAGGACACGCUGAUUGCAGUUGUGCUCUGCUGAAGAAAAACAAAAGAGACUUACAGAGCCACCCUGGCUUUUGUUUGGGACCAGCACUGUGUGGAACGGUGUAAUGACCUGAUUUCCCAGGUGGCUUUGCAGCACGGCGUUAAAGGAGCAGAAUGAGCGGGGCGGCACUGGGCAUCGAGAUAGUGGUGGUGUUUUUUCUGGCUCUUUUCCUCCUGCAUCGGUAUGGAGACUUUAAGAAGCAGCAGCGCAUGGUUCUGUUUAGCACGCUGCUCGCCUGGUACCUGUGCUUCCUCAUCGUCUUCAUCCUCCCUCUGGACGUCAGCACGACAAUCUAUAGACAGUGUGUGAGCAGCCACCAGGCUCCUACUCCAGGACCUCAGAUCUCCAACCAGACAACAGGGAAUGCAACCGUGGCACCCACGAUUAGCAUCACAACAGUGUGUCACAAGCCAUGGAGCUACAUCCCUGAAGGGAUCAUGCCUGUCUUCUGGAGGGUUGUGUACUGGACCUCACAAUGUCUUACAUGGCUUCUUCUGCCCUUUAUGCAGUCGUACGCCCGCUCAGGAGGCUUCUCCAUCACGGGAAAGAUAAAGACAGCACUCAUCGAGAACGCAAUCUACUACGGCACCUACCUGUUUAUAUUUGGCUCCCUGCUCAUCUACGUAGCUGUACAUCCUCAGUGGAGUCUAUCCUGGUACGAGCUGCAGACGAUCGGCAUCACAGCAGCCAACACGUGGGGUCUCUUCCUGUUGGUGCUGCUGAUGGGCUAUGGCUUGGUGGAAAUCCCACGGUCUUACUGGGAAGCGUCUAAACGAGGACAUCUGCUCAUCAAGACUUACUUCAAAGCAGCUAAACUGAUGACAGAGAAAGCAGACGCAGAGGAGAACCUGGAGGAUGUCAUGGAGGAGGUGAGGAAAGUGAACGAGUCUAUAAAGUAUAACCACCCCUUCAGGAAGUAUGUUGAUACCAUCCUUAGAAAGUGUCCGGUUGAAUAUCAGGAGAAGAUGGGCAAGAAUAUGGAUGACUAUGAAGAUUUUGAUGAUAAACAGAACACAUAUCCCAGUGAAAGGAGUUUGGUGAAGCUUCACAAACAGGUGAUUUAUGCUGUGCAGAGACACAACCGUACACAGGUACAGUGGCAGAUUCUUCUCGAUCAAGCCUUUCACCUGGAAGACGUGGCGAAAAACGAGACCAGCUCAUCUCACCAGUUCGUCCACAGCUUUGCACCAACCGAACCUACAAGUUGGUUUACCCGCUACGUCUUCACACCAACUGCAGAGUGGUAUUGGGAAUGUUUCCUGAAGCAGUGGUUUUAUCGUGUGUUGGCUGUGGUCUUGUCCCUCUUCUCCGUGGCUGUGGUCUGGUCUGAGUGCACCUUCUUCAGCACUCGGCCUGUCCUCUCUCUCUUCGCUGUGUUUAUCCAGCUCGCAGAACGAGAUUACAACUACCUGUACAUCGAGAUGGCGUGUUUCAUCACAAUCUUCUUCCUGUGCACUUGCGUGUACUCUACUGUGUUUCGAAUCCGUGUGUUUAACUACUACUACCUGGCCUCACACCACCAGACAGACGCCUACAGCCUGCAGUUCAGUGGCAUGCUUUUUUGCCGUUUGACUCCUCCCCUUUGCUUGAACUUCCUCGGCCUGAUCCACAUGGAUUCUGCUAUCUCUCACCAAGCAAAAGAGCAGACAGCCUACACUUCAAUCAUGGGGUCAAUGCGUGUCCUGUCCUUUAUCGCCAACGGAUUUUACAUCUACUAUCCCAUACUGAUCGUCAUCCUCUGCAUUGCAACUUACUUCAGCCUUGGUACCCGCUGUCUGAACCUCCUGGGCUUCCAGCAGUUUAUGGGAGAAAAUGAGAUGACCUCUGACCUUAUCGAUGAGGGCAGGGAGUUACUGCGCAGAGAGAGAAGAAAACGGCAAAGGAUAGAGGACGGGGAGAACAGAAGGAGAGAGUGGCGUGAGCGCUACAGCCAUCAGAGAGAAGAAACAGGAGCAAGAAACAGGGCCCCUGCCUCGGAAAUGAAGGAAACCAGUUACGCUGACACACUUAACUCCAGCUCAAACAAACAGGCUAAAUACUCCCGCGGCGGAGGCACUCGCUCUGAAAGAGACCGCAUAGAGCUCCUGCAGGACGCAGAGCCUCUGGACUUCAACGCAGAAACAGUCACUGACAACCCACUAGAGAACAACAGGCAUGCUGGAGGACGGUAUCUCUCCAUGUCCUCCUCACAGAGCAGAAUCUUUGAUGAUGUUUGAAGACCUUCUGACAGGAGAAGAGCAGAAAGGAAGCUGGAGUUAUCUUCUGCUCAUUCUGUCAUGGCGUAAGGAGACAUCGACCUUUAUAUCCUUCAUGAAUGUAAAAUGUUACAUUAUGCUGAAAAUGCACAACAGUAAUGGAUCCUCAUGUAAUAUCCUUGAAUGGAGAGCAUGUAUCUACUAAACACCCAGUUCCAGUUCUGUUUCUAUGCUUCCUCCUCAACAUCCUAUCUCUUUGGGUGAAUGUUAAUGGACCCUUCUAUUACUUAUUAUUAAUAUACAUAAGGAGAAGGAACUUACCCAGAAGGCAUUGCGAUCUGACCUUUUCAGACUAGCAAAAACAAGGUGUUUAUAUAAUUAAGUAAACAGGAGAAAUGAAAUAUUUCAGAUUUCACGUUUUCACAUUUCACAUAUCUACUGUGUAUAUAUAUAAAUAUUGGUGCAAAAUGAAUGGCUGUGUAGUGGCAUUACUGUCUUUGUGCUCAUAGUUGCUUCAUAGUUUCUGAAUCUAAACAGAUUUGGUUAAAACCUACAACACAGGCUCCAGAAAAAAAGAUCACAAGUUUAAAUCCCAAUGAUGCCUCAGCCAUGAAUGUGGAAGAGAAGGUAGCACUUUCCUUCAAGGGGUCAAAGUCUCAUGCUUGGCUUUGUUGGUGUCAGAGGAAGCAUGUGCUAGCCUUGAGCCUUCCGGGUGCUGGAUGUUGUGGUUGUCAUGAAUGUACAGAUGACCAGAGUGCAGACAAAAUGAGGACUACAGGGUUGAUUUAAUCAUCAUGAGCUACAUGAUUGAUGAACCUCUUCGUGAAAGGAUUUGGAGCGGUGUCAUGUAUGUAGGUGUCACACACUGCGAUAUCAUUUAAAACUUUUCUCUUAAAUAUCAAAAAGCAGCAUGGAUAUUUCUUCUCUUUACAUACAGAGACGCUGUUUUUCAGCUGGACAAUAACUGUAGAAACCUGAAUGACCUGAAUAUUACACAUCAUCACAGACAUGAUGCUGUUAAUACUGAAAUGUCAACUUUAUUUCGACGGCUUUUACUUACUUAUUUUCUUUAUUUUUACUUAAUUACCUAGACGUGCCGUGGCACUUUAUUCCAGGCUUUUACACAAACUCAGAACUUCAUGCUUGGAAAAAUGUUGCCUGAAUUGCCACCUCAAGCUUGGGCAUUGGGAGAUGCUUUUAUGCGCAGCGUGCUUGUAAUGAGCGCUUAUUUAUGCUACUAUAAUCUUCCUGCCAGCUCCAAUGUCAGAGUCUGGCCAUUCUCCUGUGAGCUCUCUCAACAACAACAUAUUUCCACAGUACUACAGCUUCCUGGAUGUUUCUGAAAAGCUCAAAGCAGCUGUCUGGCACUAUACCACAGUCAGUGACAUCGCUUUUAUCUCCAAUCUAGCUCUUGACCUGUAUCUGCAUGACGUUUUACAUUGUACUGCUGUCGCAUGACAGUUUAACAGAUGUUCCUAGUGCCGUGGGCUGAGAAUCGGAUAAUGACCAUGAUAAGCUCAGUGUAUUUAACCCCUUUAGGUUUCCAAGACUUUAUUUAUGUGAAUUCAACAGUCUCACAUCAUAGAUGAUUUUUAAUUAGUUACAAAUGUAUAUUUUGACAUAUUAUUAAAAAAUAUAUAUAUAUACACAGUGUUUUUAAGUGCUUAGGUCAACGGUGUCCAAUCUUAUCCACAAAUGUGGAUUGUGUGGUUGCAGGUUUUCAUUCCAACCAAGCAGAAGCCGCACCUGAUUCCACCUGUUUAAUCAGUUGUUCUUGGCUUUUAGUAGACUCUGGUGUGGCUUCUGCUUGGUUGGAAUGAAAACCUGCAACCACACCGGCCCUUUCCAGAUAAGACUGAACACCACUGGCUUAGGUGAACAAUGAAGGGUAGCCUAAGUAGGGGAUGUGGUAGCCUAGUGGUCAAGGUGUUGGGCAACCAAUUGGAAGGUUGUGAGUUCGAAUCCCAGGUCCACCAAGCUGCCACUACUGGGCCUCUGAACAAGACCCUUAAUGCUCAGUUGUAUAAAAUGAAAUGUAAGUCUCUGGUUAAGUCUGCUAAAUUCUGGAAAAGUAAAUAAAAAGGAAAGUUUUGAGUCGUCUCCCAUGAACAGAGGUUUAGAAUAGACAUCAUGUGGAGGACAUUUAUUUUUAAGGAACUACAAGAAACUGUAGACAGUGAAGUAUGGUUUAAUUUAAUAUUCUGUCCAUUUAAAAGGUUUCCAGUCUACAUAUGAAUGCACACCUGCACAUACAGAAAUUAAACCUAAUAUUUAUUCUCUUUAAAUGCCUUUCUCAGUAAAUACGAGUGUAUUUAUUUUUUGUGCACUGUGCAGAUGGCUUGUGGCCAGAGAGAAACUCCCAAAUUAACUUUGCCAGGUGCAGAGUUUUAAGUAGAACCACACACUCACUAGUGUAUAUAUUAUAUAAGGUUUCUGUUAUCAGUCUCAAUGGGAAAGACGUGUUGUUUAAUGAUUGAAUAAUGAUGGUAUUUUAAUGUCAGUGUUCGUUGUUUGUCACAGUUUUUUUAAAUAUGAUUAUGAUGGUAUCUUGCUUGUUUGAACAGAACAGUGAAUAAGUGACCUUAUUUUUUGAAGAAGGAGAAAAGGAAGCAUUAUUUCACCUGCCAUUCAUUACUGCACUGCCAUCCUGAAUGCAAGAGAAAUUCAGACUACUGUGGCUUAUUUUUUUUUUAUAAUACGUGAAGCAUAAUAAUUAAUGAUCAUUAGCUUCAUUUUCAGUCUUCAUUUUAAUUGUUUUAUUUUUUCCUCACUCGGAGGCUUAAUCGAUUAAUGACAGUCAGCGUGUAGUUACGGAAGAUUAUAAAGUCAUGCACAAGCAUGAAUAUUACCUCAAUUUUUUCAAUUACCUUCAAUUAAUCAUCAUCUUUACUGUUUAUGUUUCUGUGAGGACUCCGGGCAAUUUUUUUCUUUUAAAUCUCAAUGUAUAUGUAAAUUAAAUAUAAAUCACUACAUUCACAUUUACUGGGUAUUUUUCCUCGUUUCACAUCUUAAAGGAGUAGUUUAGUGAAAAUUCACAUUCAGGCAAUUUUCUCCUUCAGCACGUGAUCAGUUUUAGACAUUCUGAGUGUUGCACUAGAUUUGAAAACACCAAAGCCAAUGUUUUGGCUAACAAUAGAAGACUCUAACCCAAAAUGUUUGUGUCAAACCAUCUGCAGUCUUCAGCGAUGUGGUUUAGGACACAGUGGCACUGUAACCCAGUGCUCACACUUGAGUGAUACGUGAUUUGUGUGUGCAACUGUACAACAAAUAACAUUUUAACUGAGAUAUUUUACCUUAAAACAACAACCCAUCAAAACAAUAUUCCUUAAACUAAUAAUAUAGUAUGAUCUAUUUCACACUCACACCUUCAGUUCUUACCUGCAGUUAAUUCAUAUAUAUAAUGACACCCAUAAAGAGCUGAAAAAUAGAAUCACUUUUUCUUCUCAUCAUAUACAAACUUUCAUUAAACGUGUAAAGAGAUCACGAAUGUAUGUCUUCUACAAAGAAACCAUUUCUCCUUUUUUUUUUACUGUAGUUUACACAGAAAAGUACAACCACCAAAUUUUCACUUUCUGUUGUGAACAUAGGGUUACUGUUAUUGAGUCAUUAAAUAAUACACUUUAUUUUGGUGUCUUUUGCCUUCCAGGUUCCUGCUUCCCAAACCAUGACAGCAGAAUUUACCAAAAACUAGAAGUUAUACAGAUCCAGAUUUUCAAAACCAUAUUUAAAACCUAAAUCAUUCACGCAUUAUUGUUUGAAAUAGUUUUUUUCACUAAACUGCUCCUUUAACUCUGUUAAUAAAGUGGUUCGGUGUAUAUUUAUGAAAAUGUUUAUGGAUUUUUUUUUUUAAUAGAAUCAGUAAGGCAAUGAUCAUGUCAGUGAUUGAUUUAAGUGUGCAAUGUGAAUUGAAGUCCACACGUCCUUCUGUUGCUGGAUUAUUGUGAUUUGUUACCUGAUGUUGGUCCUCAGUUUUUUCACUAGCAGGACACACCUUAGAAACACUAACUGUAAUAGACUCCAUUGACUCUAUUGAAAUUGCCAAUGAAAGCUCAAAUAAAAUCUUACAACUGUA